UUGUCAUGCUAGAAUCGCUUCUCAGUUCAGUGCCUCAGAUGACAGCAGCAUUGUGGCAAUAAACUAUUUCGUCUUUGCAAUGGACUUUGGUUAUCUGCAAAUACUUUUCAUAACGGUUUUAAGUUCCACAACAGCAUCCGAAGCUGGAGAUGUCGUGUUUGUACAGACAGGAAGUUCUGUUCAACUGGACAUACAACAAGAAAAAGCGCACACAUUUGAAAAAAUGUUGUGGGUCAAAGAUGAAGUAGAAAAUUUAGUGAGAUUUGCAAACGAUCCACAUGUUAUACUUUACAAGACCAGUGUCGAUUUUAAUAACAAGACUUUAUCUCUAAUACUGAAGAAUGUACAGAAGAAUGACAGUGGGGUGUACAAAGCAAAAGCGACCGGCGUAAAAGAAAUAUGUAUUGCUGAACACAAAGUAAAAGUUCUAGAUCCAGUGAAGACUCCUCUUCUGAAUCACACCAUGAUCAGCAAUAGCUCAUGUGUUUUAAAUGUCUCCUGUUUUGGUCAUGACCUCACACUCAGCUCCACCUACCACAGCAACUGCAGUGAAGAGGAAGUGACAUCAUCUGAAAUCCACAAUCUAGCUCUGUAUUGUAAAGAGGACGUAUUUGUUUGCAACUAUAGUAACCCAGUAAGCUGGAGGAAUGACACGAUAAAGAUAAAACAACUCUGUACAACUCAUGAAACUUUGAUUUCAGAAGACCAUUCUAAAGAAUAUCGCACAUUUUCUUCUAUCCUUUGGCUUAUAGUGAUUGCUGUCACUAUAUCAGUGCUACUACUAUUAGGGGCAACUGUGCUGUAUUGCUCUUACAGGAAGUAUAGAAAAGGUACUAAACAGACUGAUGACACAAUAUAUGCCGAAGUGGAGCCAAACAAUGACGUACAAAGAGAUUUGGAGAUGUCAGAAAGAUCAGAGGAUCCACAUACUGUGUAUAGUUCUGAAAAUCUUGUGCCGGGUUACCAAGAGCAGAUUAGCACAAGAGAAUGUCACAUAUACAAUGAUGUUCCUGAAAGGAAUUGUGCAAAGACACAAAGAGGCAUAAAUCACCCCAAAACCACAUACUGCACAGUAGGACAACACAAUAGACCUUCAGCUGCUACAGAAAAAAAUAUUUCCAUUUAUUCUGUGGUUUCUAAACCACAAAAUGGAAAACCUGUGAUUAAAAAAUAUAAGAUAUAAGUGCAUAUAAGAUUUUAUUAAUGAAACUUGAUGCCUUUAUUAAUAUUAACCAUAUACAAGCAUUACAAUUUUGUCAAAGAAACUGAUUAUUAUUACCUUUUAUUGAAGCUCAUAUUUUACUGUUAUGAUUCUGCAUCGUCAUGGUUUUCUUGGUCUAGUGGCAGGAUCUUGACAGAGCAUCAUGUUUUGUGUGGAGAGAGACAAGUUAUUCUUUAUCCUAACAUAAUAUGCACUCUCUCCGGUCUCAUGUUCGUCCCCGCCCCUCUCAAUUCCUUGUGUAGCUUUCCAUUAGUGUUUCCCCACAUCUGCCUAGUGUUAAUUUACCCCAUGUUAGUCUUCGCAUACAAUGCUUUUGUGUCUGCUGUCCUGUGCAUUUUCGUACUGCUUAUAUAGCCUGUGUUGGCUAUUCUGCCGGUUUGGGCCACAUUGUAUGCCUCACCUUGCUGAUCGUCUUGCUGUUCAUGCCUUGUGGAAUUACGCUGCCUCGUCUGGUUGUUAUCUUCUUAGUGCUCUACGUUGCGUCGUGUUAUUUAGUCUGGUUCCUGUUAUUACUGCAAGUCUUGUUAUCCUGUUCCCUUGUUUUUUUUGCCACGUGGGUCGUGUUUAUUUUCAGUAUGUUACAUCAGUCUUGUCCGUGUUUUACCCCAUCGUGGGUUUUUGUUUUGUAUUCGUGUCAAUAAAGUUCUAGUUGUUGUACAACGCUGCCUGCAAUUGGGUUCUUC